AGUAUCUAUGCCGUCAUAUGAAAGGGGUUGCAUAAUGGCUUACUAUACCCCUCAUUUAUAUAUUCCCCCUCUCUUCUCCCGCAACUCCGGUCUCUUCUCUUCUUCAUACUCACCUCCAUAUACCUCCCAAUCACAGCUUCACUCAAACACACAACUUCUUCAAUCGCCUUCACUACCCAAAUACCCUUCACUACAACCUUCAAGAUGGCAGGAGAGACUAUCGUCCAGGGCCAAUUCACCCACAACAACACCGUGGCACCCCAAUACACCGAUCGUGUGCUCCCUCUCUUCUCCCUCAAGGGACGCACUGCCAUCGUCUCCGGCGCCGGAGCAGGAAUCGGUCUUGCCGUCGCCCACGCCCUCGCUGAGGCAGGUGCCAAUGUCGCCAUCUGGUACAACAGCAACAAGAAGGCCAUCCAGGAGGCCGAGAAGAUCGAGAAGACCUUUGGCGUCAAGUGCAAGGCGUACCAGGUAAACAUCACCACCUACGAGACCGUCGAGGCCGCAGUGAACCAAGCCGUCUCGGACUUCGGCGGCCGCCUAGACAUCUUCAUCGCCAACUCCGGCAUCCCAUGGACGCAGGGCGCCAUGCUCGAUGGCGAGAUCUCCCACUACCAGAAGGUGGUCACCACGGAUCUGGACGGAACCUUCUACUCUGCGCGCGCGGCGGGUAAGCACUGGCGCCGCCAAAAGGCCGAGGGCACCACUACCGAUGGCAAGAAGCUUGAGAACUUCACUUAUGGAAGCUUUGUUGCUACGGCGAGUAUGAGCGGACAUAUUGUCAACAUCCCGCAACUGCAGGGAGCGUAUAACGCUGCUAAGGCUGGUGUUAUUCACCUUUGCAAGUCCCUCGCCGUCGAGUGGGUCGGCUUUGCCCGCGCCAACUCCAUCAGCCCGGGCUACAUGGCGACCGAGAUCAGCGACUUCGUGCCGGCGGAGACGAAGGCGAUCUGGAAGAACAAGAUCCCAAUGGGUCGUGAGGGCGAGGCGCACGAGCUCAAGGGCGCGUACCUGUACCUGGCCAGUGAUGCGGCGAGCUAUACGACGGGGACGGAUAUCAUUGUUGAUGGUGGUUACUGUCUUCCAUAGAUGCGGGGUUUUGGGAUGGGAUUUUUUUAUACAUGGAUGUGAGGGAUGGGGAGGGGAGCCAAGGCCUACGGGCGCGCGCUGAGGGGCGGAUAGCAGGUAGAGAAUGAUCUUGGUAGGAUGUGGAAUAAAAGCCUAUUGAUCCCCCAAUGAAUGGUUUAUGCGUUGAUGAAUAUUUGAAGCUGCAGAAUGUGGUGAUGGAAUAGCUAACCAUCGGCGUCCUACUCGCCUUCUCUCACUCCACGAAUGUUGAGUCUACCCGGUGGGUAUAAAUACAACCCCAACUUUCCCCACGAGGUUUUUUCCUCUCAACAAAUAAUCUGUUGCUGGUUCUGUUUCUGAUGCCUGUUCAAGCACGUCAUUUCCACAACUCCCCCGCUCGAAGAAGAUAUAUACGGGCAGAUAAGCAUGUCAGUCAGGAGCAGCAGAGAUGGAUCAGUCAGACCGAUAAUCAGCUGGGUUAUAUGGGGGUCGAGACGGAGGAAGCGGCGCUAUCAAAACUUUCGUCCCAAUCAUCAAUGAAGAAGAAGAAGCUCGAAGAAAGAGGAGGUGGCUCAUGGAAAGAGGAAAAAUAAGUCCGUAUUUCGAUAAAUGAGGCGCUGGUGUUUUGGAGGGUUCUCACUGUCGCGCUGUUGUCACCGAGCAGCUGUCACCGAGCAGCUGUCACCGAACAGCUGUCGCCGAGCAGCUGUCGCCGAGCAUCUGUCACCGAACAGCUGUCACCGAAGAGGGUGCUGGUUGGGAAUGCUGUAACAAACUGCGCAACCUUCAUGCUUCCAUAGCCAUCCCCCGUGGUGUUCUGGAGGCCUUUCGGGUGGGUUGUCCCGUUUGUGUCACUAUGAAUCUUGUUGUCACCGUGGAGUCUACUGUCGGUAAUUUCAGACUUGGAUUGCAUCUGCACCGUUAUCAUAUUCUGUCGCCAAGAUUUAUCUUCUUCCAUUAACGUUAUAUGAUAUUUAUACUC